AUGCUGCGUCCUCUGGCACUUAGCGUCCUCUUUGCAGGCAUGGUGUCUUUCACCAACUCUGCUGUGCUGGUGGAGAAUGGUUUGCCGAUCUUCUGGCAGCAGUCGGCCAGCCAAUUGACUGACCUCCCAACAGAGAAUGGUGUCCUCACUCCCAACCCUUGGCACUUCCGUGACCGUUUGAGCCUCUAUAGAAUGAUCACUACUGCCACCGAUCCCUAUUUGAGCGCCAUGGGGAUGGCCACUACAGACAGCCCUGUAUGGGGACUGCCACUGACGCUGGGAUGGGAGCUAAACUCUGGUCGUCUGGCUGAUCCAACUGGAACCACGACAUGUGGUCUUCAAACAGGGGAUGCCAUGUGCAUCUCUACACAAAGCUGGUGGGCCUGUGCAAAUUAUCUCAUCUCUGUGCUGCCCUUCCUGUCCGCUGCGCAGCAAGGCCUCUUUGGAGAAGAACUUCAGGUCAAAAUGCAGGCACCUGCUGGUGAAGGGGACUACUGCACCACCUAUGCUGACUGUGCUGCACGUUUCCCUGAUCCCAUGGCCAAAUGGGAUGUUUUUUACCAGAGUCUAAAGGCAACCCUUGAGUGCGUUCUGCCUGACGAUGAGAAGCAAGUCCAGCUCCACGGUCGUUACUGGGCAGCCCACCAAGCCUCCAUGCGUGCCUCUGCAGCAUGUGACUCCAGACAUAGGUAUUACUCCUCUACUGAGGUGUCCUUCACCAAAAGCUUGCUGAAUGCAGUAGAGUAUGUCGCAGCGGCAUACUUCCAUUCCAACAUUGACCGAUCUCUCAUGUUCCUGAACCCCCUGCCAGGCAGAGUUCUACAGGAAAAUGACAAGGCACCCAAUAUAGCUGAUCUGAGCCGGGAGGAGAACCACACGCUGUCAAUCUUGUCAUGGAUAAAUUACGCAGACAAUUCACUGGGUGACAGGUUGCUGCGUUUGUGGCGUCGUGCCAUGUGUUCAGUGAGCACCAGAGAGAAAGGCAGAGCUCUGUUGGAGCAGAUUUUAUUAAAGCAAGGCUUUGUCUCUACUGCCUUAUCAUUAUCCAUGGUUACUGAGAUGACCACAAAAUGCUGA